AUGAUGGAGGGCAGCCCCCUCUCCCCGGGGGUGCGUGUCCUCAGAAGGUGCAUGUCCCCAGCGGGGCCGUCCCCCAACACACGCCCGGAGGAAUCCUUCCCACCCCGUCUCGAGACGCCCUGUGCACCCGCCCGCCCGGGCCACGUGGAGGGCACUGCCGCAGGAGUGCUGGGGGAGGGCCGCAGGUCCCAGCCCCAGGCCACGCCUCGCUUGCUGUGUGACCCCGGGGGCCGGCCUCACCUCUCUGAGCCCACCUCCUUGUCAGUAAGGCGGACCUACCGGCUCUGCUGA